AUGUCUCGAAAAGAAAAAUGUUGUGAAUUCAUCUUACAAAAACUAGUGUGUUCAAACAGAGAAAAAUUACCACCUAAUAUACAAAAAGCUAUAAACAAAAUUGCGGAAGAAGAAGAGCUUCAAAUCGAAGCAGAGGUGCCUUUACAUGAAAGGUUCAGAGUUGUCCAAUCUUAUAGUGAAAGUAGCACGGAAGCCAUUAUACUGAAAAAUGUAGCAAAAGAAGGUUUUGCUACUUUUUAUAGAAUGGAUGUUAUGCCUUUAAAGUUUGCUGAAUUGGCUGUGCAACAACUGGCCAGGUUCCAUGGUUUAAGUUUUGUCAUACAACAAAAAAGGCCAGAGUAUUUUGAAAGAAAAAUCAAAACACUUAAACAAUCUCUUAAAUUAAACGACGAUUUUCGAGCCUUUUGCAGAACAUUCUUCAACUACUCUGUUGAAGGAUUGGAUUCAGAAUUAGUGGAAGGGGAAGUAACUGAAGUAAUACCUGUGGACUAUCAGCUCUUGACCUACGGAGCUCCAAUAACUAAUUUUUUAUAUUUUAUUUAUGGAGCCACUGAUAAAGAAUUUCGUAGGAAUCAUUUAAUACACUUGAAGGAUAUAUACUUCGAGACAACGGACAAUUUCCCUAAAUAUUUUGAAAUGGACAUAGGUUCAGUGUACUCAACAAAAGAGUUUGAAAGAGAUUACGUUGAAUGCUUGGGUUAUGGUCUGCAAUUUAUGUUAUUUAUAUUUCCUUUAGUCUUCACGCUCGAGAGUGAUGUACCUGAUUUGGGUUAA